AUGAGAGGUAUAUGUCUAAUUGGUGAUAGAUCCUUAGUUGCGUUAUAUGAUACUGGAGCUUCGCAUUUGUUUAUUUCGUUUGCUAAAUUUGAGGAAUUAGGUUUGAAAGUGUCAGAGUUGCCUUUUGAUCUGCAUGUACAUACUCUGCAUCAGACAGUUAUGACUAGGUCAGGGCUGGAGAUAAUUUUGGGGUUUGAUUGGUUGUUGAAAAAUCAGGUUUUGUUGGAUUGCUUUGAACGGACAAUUCGGUUUAUGCCGAAAGGAGAGAAUAAAGCCGUGGUAGCUACGGGGUAUUACCUGAAGUCUGUAAUGGUGCAUUGUGGUGGGGAGGAGUGUCAGGGUUAUAUUCUGUUGGCUGCUAAUCCGUUGGGUGAUGCCAAGAACUUGGAUCAGAUACCGGUGGUUAAAGAUUUUCCAGAAGUAUUCCCAGAAGAUAUCCAUGAGUUCCCACCUCAGAGGAAAAUUGAAUUUGCGAUUGAAUUGGUACCGGGAGCUGGGCCAGUGUCGAUUGCGCCUUAUAGGAUGGCUCUGAUAGAGCUGGCAGAGCUAAAGACUCAGUUGGAAGAGCUUCUGAAUAAGAGGUUCAUUUGA